AACGUGUCCUCUUUUGCAAAUGCGUUGUGAUGGAGGUUAAUUCCUAGAACCGACCAGAUAUGUACAGAAGGCGGGCAUGCUGACCACUGACACCAAAAAGGCGGUUUUUUUCCCUUUUCUUUUCUCUUUUUAAAUAAAAAAAUGGAACUGCCACUCUCUUUUCAGUUCAUUUCCCAAAACCCUAGUUGAGGAGGCGCGCUGCCAUGGACGAAUCCUCCGAGAAGCUCCCGGCCUCCGAUCCAAAUGGGAACGAUGGGGCUUUACCGGUGGCGGCGGACGACGCCGGGUUUCGGGUCGGUCAGAGGGUCCACGCCAUGGGCAACCCCCGGCGGACGGGGACGGUGCGGUACGUCGGAGCAGUGGAGGGGCACGCUGGGGCAUGGGUGGGCGUCGACUGGGAUGACGGCGAAGGGAAGCACGACGGGUCCGUCAAUGGGGUCCGGUACUUCGCCGCCGCCGGCGAGAGGUCGGCCUCGUUCGUCCGUUCCAAGAACCUCAGCGCCGGGAUCUCAUUCAUCGAGGCGCUCCAUCUACGGUACCGAGGAGAUUCCACCAAGGAAGAAGAAGAUGAAAUGUACAUUCUUUCAACUAGCAAGAAACGUGUAUCCAUACAACUCGUGGGAAAAAACAAAGUUCAAGAGAAGUUAAAACACUUUGAGGAGUUGCGUGGGGCAUCGGUUUCUUAUUUGGGAGUCAGCUUUGUUGGAUCUUCAGAUGAGAUCAAUGCUCUAGUUCCAA